AAGAAAAGAGUAUUUAUUUUAGUGUUGGUGCCGGAUCGAAGAAAAAUCCAUGGCGGCUCGGCAAAUUCAGAAGCGAAUUCUGAGUGUUCUCUCUACCAAAACCUACAUCGCUCAAGGCUAAGCUAGUGAUGUAUAGAGGCAAAAAGGGUCAAAGAUUUUGAUUUUGAUGUAUUUAGUUGUAUGGAAGUAAAUGAAGAUUACCAUGGAGUUCUGUUUCUCCUUCAAGGUCAUCUUUUGGCAUGAACGAUAUAUUUUCAAGACGGUGUCUUCAAACAGUUGCAGGAAUCACCAAGCAGGCUGUUGAAGUAGGGGAAACUAAUAAAAACUGUGAUCCAGAUACUAAUACCGAUUCUGCUGCUGCAGUUGUUUCUAGUAUCAAGAAAGAGACCACAUACAAGUACACUGUGCAAUCUAAUCUUAAAACCUCCCCAAGACAUGACCUGAUGAUGAUCUUCACUUGCACAGUAUGUGAAACCAGAACCAUGAAAACAGUUUGUCGCGAGUCAUACGAGAAAGGUGUAGUGGUGGCUAGAUGUGAUGGUUGUAAAAACAUACACCUUAUUGCUGAUCGUCUCGGGUGGUUUGGUGAGCCUGGUAGCGUGGAAGACUUCCUGGCUGCUCGCGGAGAGGAAGUGAAAAAGGGCUGUGUUGAUACUUUAGGUUUUACACUCGAAGAUCUGGCAGGAAAGAAAACACUGGAAACUAUUAGGGGAGAAGUAGAAUCCAAAUCUGAGAUUUAGAAGUCAAAUCUGGAGAUUGAAAUUAAACAAGUUGAUUUUGUAAUGAACAUUGAAUAUGCAAGUCUAUAGUUACUUUGACAAUUCUUACAGCUUUUAUUUGCUUAUAAAUAUACAAAUUUAAGAGACU